UGCCAAUAAAAUAACAAAAAAGCAAUGGCAAAGGAAAAAAUACAAAGCCCAAAAGGGUUCAUGGGUCCCAUCCCAUCCCCAUCCAUUUUUUCUUCAUUAUUCUCCUCUUAUUGCUCAGUAAUACUUAAAACAAAUUCCUGUUCAUUUUUUCCUAUGUCAGCUGUCAGUGUUUGUACCCUUUUCUAAUUCAAAGAGGAAUAUCUAAAAAAACCCUUUUCAACAAUUCUUAGUCCUCACUUCUAAUGAUGCUAAAAGGAUUUCUUUCCUUUUGUUUGGUGUUAUUUUGUGGAUUACUAUUUGCUGUUCAAGUUUACUCCAAGAAGGCUCAUGGUAAUCCCACAAAAGAUAUAGUCUAUCUAAUCAAUAAAAACCGGACUGCCAUAAAACUCCCUGCUGUUUUCGACAGUGCAGGGUUAGGGUGCAUCGCCUUACAGUAUGCAGAGGCGUGCAAGGACAAUUGUACAAGCAACAAUACAGUAAGUUGUCAUCCCUUAGGAGACGAUAUAACAGAAGUGUAUGCUCCUGAUUGUGGCGUUGAACUACCAACUAUCAGCACAAUAUCGGGUAAAUUAGUGGGGUGCUCGUCUAAGUACCUAUCUCCAUCGGAAGCCUUCUCACACGUUCUUGCUCGAGAUAAUAAGUCGAUGUCUAUUCUCGAGAACAUAACACACACCGAGAUGGGAGUAGGCGUAGCGUCAAACCAUAAGGGACAUUUGUUUUGGUGUGUGUUGUUCAGUGAUGGACUCACAAAUUCAAGCUUCAUUCUUGAAGAUCAUGGACAAGGAAUUAAACAGAAAAUGGGGUGUUUUAGUGGAACUAAUACAACUUGCAGUGAAGCAACAAGUAUUAAAAGUGGCAUUUAUAUUGAGAUUUUGUUAUGCAUUUUCUCCUUAAUUUUCUUGCUUUUGAUAUGAGAAAAUGUGAACAAUUUGUUUUAUUUUUGGGGUUUUUGGACCCACUCUAGUAUUGAAUAUGAACAAAUUCAAUCUUUUUUAAUCA